GGACCGGGGAGGGCCGGGGUGGUCACGAGUGGGUGGAGGAACUAAAGCUUUGCGGAGUCAUGGCCCAUGCAUCUUUGACUGGUUGUUCGGCUGGACUUUACCGUCAGUGUUUGCAUGACCAGAUUUCCUGAAAGAUAAAAAGCAUCAUGUCCAGAACUAAAACCUUUUUUGGACGUCGCAGACAAGAGCUCUUUGCUGAGCUCAACUGUCAACGUCAGACAGGAGAGUUUCUUGAUCUAGUGGUAAGGGUGCAGGAUAUAAGGUUUCGUUGUCACCGGGCUAUUUUGUCAUCUACACCAUCCUUCAAAGCCAUACUGUCCCAAAUACAUGCCAAGGGUAAAAGCUCAAAAGUUAUAAAACUUCGGAUCCAAAAUAUUGACCCCCUCUGCUUCGCCAAGAUCCUUGACUUUGUGUACACAGGAGAAAUCACUAUCAGUAAGGACGACGUCAAUGAUAUUUUGCAGGCGGCACACUUGUUGUCAGGCAAUGUGCUUGACAACAUAAGCAUAUACUGCCGUGACUUCAUGCAUAAUACUCUAUGCCCGUCCAAUUGUCUCCUAUUCAUGCACUUUGCCAACAUGUAUGGCUUUUCCACCCUGAAAAGAGAAGCAAGGAGAAAGGCGAUAGCCCACUUCUCAAAGGCCAAACAAGACGACGGUUUUCUGACUCUUUCAUCAGAUGAACUCGUGAAUCUUCUCCAGGAUGAUCUGCUUCAAGUUACGAGUGAAGACGAGAUCGCCACUUCCGUGAUACGAUGGCUCAACCACGAUCCUGAGAGUCGGAAGCUAGCAUUGCCCAUGAUUUUGAAAGAGAUCCACCUUUCAUGUGUCAGGGUAAGCGUGCUCAGGGAACUCGAGUCCCAUCUUGCAGUUCAGGAGUCUGCCGAAUGUCUGACCAACAUUACAGCAGCCAAGGAGGAACACCUCAACGGGACAAGGCAACUGACAACAGGGGCACAUAAACGUGGUUGUUGUUGUUGCACACCUAUACGUAAGCCUGCGACAACAGACGACCUGAUAAUCAUAGGCGGUGGUUGGAAAGUUGACAAACUGAUUCUUCCAUUGCAAAGUAUCAUUGGUCUAGAUCCGGAUGAUAGGCAUUUCUAUCACAUCACUGACCUACCAACACCUGAUCUUGUGGACACGAGUGUUGUGAAUACUGGAAGGCGUCUGUAUGUAUCAGGCGGGUGCAUCGAUGAUGAUCCAGAUAGUGCACCAAUCAAGCAGAUCUUUUGCUAUGACUUUGCCACAGAUACCUGGGAGAAGCUACCUGACAUGCCUCGUGGAAGGGCAGAGCAUCAGUCAGUAGUUGUUGACGGGAAACUCUUCCUGGUUGGUGGUGACGUCAAAGCGGCGUCCGACGAGGCCGCCUCAGCUGAUACGACAUGUCCACUCACCAUCGACUGCUAUGAUCUUGAAAAAGGAACUUGGAUAGAACCACCAACAGCACCACUAAUUGAUCCUUUGUCAAACACGAAGGUAGCAGCAGCCUGCCGGGGUAAACUUGUCCUCAUUGAGGGGUUGAUCAAGACAUCUAGGCGAACACUCCGUGUUCAUGCCCUUGACUUGCUAAACGGAGAAUGGGUAUACUCGGACAUUGCAUGGAAGGGAUACGAAUCAGACUCGCAUUGGCUCGACGUGGACAUCUCGGUGAAUGCUAUAGAUGACAAACUGUAUUUCCGGGCCGAAAGUAACUUGUUUGCUUAUGAUGUCAAAUCAGAAAGCCUAACAAAGGUCAAGAUUACAGCAGUUCCAAGUGGUAUCAAAUUUCUUUACACAAAACUCGACGCUGACUGCUUGGUUGAUGCAUGUAUAACAUCCAUACACGAAUUUGCUGACAGAUACAGACAGAAAGUUGAACGGCUCCCCUUUGCUGUGACCGAAUGUACUGUUCUUGGAACCAAGAAGAGUAGCAUUGGAUGGUACUGUCGGGACCACCUAGUGAAACUAAAUCGUAAUAACAUUAACAACGAUCAGAAUGAUAAAGAGGGGAGGGAUGAUGACCACGAGGAUGAGACACACAGCAAGAUGAGGCCUCCUACUGCGCACUUCCAAAAUCCCAGCCAUUCAGAUGACCUCAGUGUUGAGCUUGCACGUCAGUGUAAUACCGGCACAUACACCGAUGUGGUAUUAGAAGUAGAGGGCCAAAAGGUUUGUUGCCACCGUGCUGUGUUGGUAUCCACUCCGUACUUCAAAGCCAUGUUCUCCUCCAGCUUUAAAGAAAGUAACUCAAGGGUUGUAAAACUCUGUGGAAUUAACUUUAACAGCCUCGUGAAGAUCCUAACAUUUCUAUACAAAGGAUCAAUCCAGAUCAGUGGAGACAACGUUCAGGACAUUCUGCAGGCGGCACACAUGCUGCAGAUUGAUGAGAUCACUGAAUUUUGCCGGACGGUCAUUCAAGACAACAUUCACGCUUGCAACUGUAUAGGAGUCAUGCGCCUUGCCAACCUGUAUGGCUUUUCUGACCUGGAAAAGAAGGCAGAGUUACAGGCGGUAACUCAUUUCUCAGAGGUCAGGCAAAAUGAGGAGUUUCUCAGCCUUUCGACGGUUGAGCUUGUCAAACUACUGGGAGGUAGGUUCAAUCGUCUGCUUGAAGUUACGAGUGAAGAUGAGGUCGUCACUUGCGUGUUACGAUGGCUUGACCAUGAUCCUGAAAGCCGCAAGACCGCAAUACCUGCAAUUUUGCAAGAGAUUCGCUUACCAUAUGUGAAGGUCAGUACGCUAGAGAAGCUGGAAUCCCACCCAGGGGUACUGGAGUCUGCUGAAUGCCUGAACAAAAUCACAGCAGUCAAGGAGGGACAUCUUGCUGGUACACGACGGCUACAUAAAUAUGGACGUAAGCGAUCUAGAAAACCAGACAACCUGGAAAUCCUUUUUGGUGGACUUCGGUGGAUUGGACUCUACCAGCCCUCCAUACCCUUGGAAAGCAUUGUAUGCAGAGAUCCAAAUAGCCAGCAAUAUUUCUACAUCACAAAACUGCCAACAUCUGUUGCCUGCGUGAGUGUGGCAAGAGCAGAACGACACCUGUAUGUAACAGGAGGCUAUGGUCCUCAGAGUCAGAGUAACGACCGAUCAGCAUCCAGACUGGCUUUUCGGUACAAUUUCCUAGCAGACACCUGGACAAAGUUACCCGACAUGCCUCGCGGUAGGGCAGAGCAUCAGUCAAUAGUCGUUGAAGGGAAACUCUACGUGGUUGGUGGUGACGAUAAGGCAACGUCCGUGUCUAUGGACUGCUACGAUCUUGAAGAAGAGACUUGGAUCCAACUAGUGUCACUGCCAGAAAUUGACCCUUGGUCGCAACUAAGACUAGUAGACACUUCCUCGAACCAUGUUGUACUCUUUGAGAUCUCCUGUGAUUCCAAGAAAUGUGUGACGAAUGAUGUAUUGAGGCGGGUUUUGGGUGGGUAUUUUGAUGCCAAAUGGACCAAUCUUGUUGUACAUGUCUUAAAAGUGGCGACAGAUCCGCUCAGCAAUGAUGGUGACGAUGACAGUGAUGACAGCGAUGAAGAUGAAUGGAAUGACAAUGACGGUGUCUGGGACGAGAAGGAGGAGGAUAGCGAAUGCGAUGAAAAUGAACAAUGGACACGCUCCGAUAUUCUGGUGCUUCAUAAUGUGGAUGGCUGCGACGUCUUUGUGAUCACUGUUAAUGACAGGGUUUAUUUCCAUUUUGUUUGUACCCGGUUAUCGUUGUUCAUUGGCCGUAAAUACAUUCAAACUGUUUAUGUCUACAAUGUCAAAGAGAACACCGUAAUCGAUGCAGAGAGAGUAUGUGACAUCAAUCACACAGAAUGCGACUUUCGUCGCUACUAUAAUGCUUUCGGCAGGUUUAAAGAUGCCGUGAUCAACCGUUACAUGUUCCAAAACAUGGCGAGCGGGGAGGGUGAGACAUCGACCUACCUGUUGAGCAAAAGUGUCCUUAUUGCCGAUAAGAGAAGCAUCGGAUGGUACUGUCGAGAUCUUGCAAAAUUCAAGAAUGUUAAAGAGCCAAACCAGAGUUCGUUUGACUGAAGCCACAGGUCUUUGAUACCAAGUGUGCUGUACACUUAAGUCAGAAACAAUCAUUAGAGAUCAAAAUGUCUGUGCAAGAGUGCAAGAGAAACAAUGCAAACCUCUGUUGCGUGAAACUGUGUGGACAUCCUUGCAGAAGUUAAGGAGGAUCAGGACACUGAUA